AUGAAUGUGGAGUCGUUUGGCGGCCUGGAAUCCGCGGCUAUGGGAGACGCAGCAGAUCAGAAAUGCGGAGUGUGGCAGGAACGAACAGUCCAGUUCAACAAGACGAGGCAGAACGAAGAGGAGGAGGGUAAGCUGCGGGAGGAGCUCAAGUCCAUCGACCAGCAAAUCAAGAAGCUGCGGCAGAGCAGCAAGUCGUCCAGCAAGCAGGGUGACGAGAUUCAGGCACUGGCGGACGCAAGAAGGAGCAUCGGCCAUGCACCGCAGCCGGGUCAGCCGUACCUGCUGAGCUACCGGCUCUCGGAGAAGAGUCAAACGCCUUCGCAGCACAUCAGUAAAGGGCUCCUCAAGAAGGUAUCGGCAUUGAUGAAGGAGCUGGCGGUACCAGACAAGACCAAGUGCAUGGCCUCUAAGGCUGCCGUUGAUCUGCACGACCAUCUCAAGCGAGACAUGAUGACCCUCUUCAGUCUCGAGAAGGUGCUGCAGAAGAAGGCGAUGGCAUCACUUGCUGCACUGUCUUGUGCGUUCCACCUCGUUGCUAACACGCCGCAGGAGGGAGACGUGGCAAUGGCGAAGCAAUCGCCAGAGUUCGCUGCUGGCGUAGGUAUUCCGCUGGUGGCGCGAGCGAACAGCGUCGGCGGUAGACCGGCCUUGGCUGGUGGACAGGCUGCACACGCGAGGUAG